ACAUCGCAACCGCGACGGGUUCUCCGCAGCUCGCAACCACCCUAAAGGGAGGGAGAAAGAAAACAGCAGCAGAGGGAAGGGAAGCCAGGGGCAGAGAGAAGAGGGGGGAAGAGCUCAGGGUUGAACAUUUUUGGAGCUAGGGGUGGGGAGGAGAAAGAGAGCGCGCCUCCUUGAUUUUCCCCUCCCCACCCCUCUUUGCUUUUCUCUCCCGUUCGCUGUAUAGCAUUUUCCAGAAGCAGCAGCAGAAUGGGACUGAAGCCUCUGGUCUAGAAAACGGAUUUGGAGGGGUGGCAGGGGCUCCCACCAGCCGCUACCUUACAGCUAGUGCUUGAGUGUGCGUGUCAGCGUGUGAAUGCGGUCCUCUCGCUCCCUCUCUUUCUCUCUCCCCGGCGCCCGCUUCACACCACCGUGUCAGCUCUCCCUGUCAGUUUCCCCGUGUCAGUUUAUUCUCUUGCUUAUUGUGUUUGGCUGGCUGCGUGAAGGGACUGCGAGCAUUUGGGGGGCUCACGCUGGGUCCGAGAGCCCCAGGAGAAGCGAGCGAGAACACGGCAGGGGCACGGGUGGAGCAAAGAGUUUCGGGGCGCUGGUGAAGGCAAAAGGUGAGAAGGUCUGGCCAGUUGGGAACUUUGAGAUAACUGAAGAGGGGAAAAGGAAACGAAGCCUCCAGGCCCCCGGCUGUCCCAGGCGGCUGCUGUUUUUGCGCCACGGAAGACCAGUCCAGGAAGGCUGCCGCGGCACCUCGCGCCCUAGUCCACCGAUCCCAGACUACACAGAUCCGAGGAAACCACUUGGCCCGGGAAAAGGAAAUGAAGACAUAAAGAAGAGAUAAUGUGUCUUGCUUGAUUUCAUGCUUUGAAUUAGUGGCAGAGUUGAGACUAGAAUCAAGUCUGCUAAUUCCCAGAAAACUAUUCUUUAAUUGCACCAUUUUAUACAUAGAGCUUUCUAAAUUGCUAUGAACCAUGGCCCAGCUAUACUACAAGAAGGUCAAUUAUUCACCAUAUAGAGACCGCAUCCCCCUGCAAAUCGUGAGGGCUGAGACGGAGCUCUCUGCCGAGGAGAAAGCCUUCCUCAAUGCUGUGGAGAAGGGGGACUAUGCCACUGUGAAGCAGGCACUACAGGAGGCUGAGAUCUACUACAAUGUCAACAUCAACUGCAUGGAUCCUCUGGGUCGGAGUGCCCUGCUCAUUGCUAUUGAGAAUGAGAACCUGGAGAUCAUGGAGCUACUGCUGAACCACAGCGUGUAUGUGGGUGAUGCAUUACUCUAUGCCAUCCGCAAGGAAGUGGUGGGUGCUGUGGAGCUUCUGCUCAGCUACAGGAAGCCCAGCGGAGAGAAACAGGUCCCCACACUGAUGAUGGACACCCAGUUCUCUGAGUUCACACCAGACAUAACUCCCAUUAUGCUGGCUGCCCACACCAACAACUAUGAAAUCAUCAAAUUGCUUGUCCAAAAACGGGUCACGAUCCCUCGGCCCCACCAGAUCCGCUGCAACUGUGUGGAAUGUGUGUCCAGUUCAGAGGUAGAUAGCCUGCGCCAUUCCCGCUCCAGACUGAACAUUUAUAAGGCUCUGGCAAGUCCCUCACUCAUUGCCUUAUCAAGUGAGGACCCCAUCCUUACUGCCUUCCGUCUGGGCUGGGAGCUCAAGGAGCUCAGCAAGGUGGAGAAUGAGUUCAAGGCAGAGUAUGAAGAGCUCUCCCAGCAGUGCAAGCUCUUUGCCAAAGAUCUGCUGGACCAAGCUCGGAGCUCCCGGGAACUGGAGAUCAUCCUCAACCAUCGAGAUGACCACAGUGAAGAGCUUGAUCCUCAGAAGUACCAUGACCUGGCCAAGCUGAAGGUGGCGAUCAAAUACCACCAGAAAGAGUUUGUUGCUCAGCCCAACUGCCAACAGUUGCUUGCCACCCUGUGGUAUGAUGGUUUCCCUGGAUGGCGGCGGAAACACUGGGUAGUCAAGCUCCUGACCUGCAUGACCAUUGGGUUCCUGUUUCCCAUGCUGUCUAUAGCCUAUCUGAUCUCACCUAGGAGCAACCUUGGGUUGUUCAUCAAGAAACCCUUUAUCAAGUUCAUCUGCCACACAGCGUCCUAUUUGACCUUCCUCUUCAUGCUUCUCCUGGCUUCUCAGCACAUUGUUCGGACAGACCUCCAUGUACAGGGGCCUCCUCCAACUGUUGUGGAAUGGAUGAUAUUGCCUUGGGUUCUAGGUUUCAUUUGGGGGGAGAUUAAGGAAAUGUGGGAUGGUGGAUUUACUGAAUACAUCCAUGAUUGGUGGAACCUGAUGGAUUUUGCAAUGAACUCCCUCUACUUGGCAACUAUUUCUUUGAAGAUUGUGGCCUAUGUCAAGUAUAAUGGUUCACGUCCGAGGGAGGAAUGGGAAAUGUGGCACCCGACUCUGAUUGCAGAGGCACUCUUCGCAAUAUCCAACAUUUUAAGUUCCUUGCGUCUCAUAUCCCUGUUCACAGCCAACUCCCACUUAGGGCCUCUGCAGAUCUCUUUGGGACGCAUGCUGCUUGAUAUCCUCAAAUUCCUCUUUAUCUACUGCCUGGUAUUGCUGGCUUUUGCCAAUGGACUGAAUCAGCUUUACUUUUAUUAUGAGACCAGAGCUAUUGAUGAGCCUAACAACUGCAAGGGGAUCCGAUGUGAAAAGCAGAACAACGCCUUCUCCACGCUCUUUGAAACACUUCAGUCACUCUUCUGGUCUGUAUUUGGCCUUUUAAAUCUCUAUGUCACCAAUGUGAAAGCCAGACAUGAGUUCACCGAGUUUGUAGGAGCUACCAUGUUUGGAACAUACAAUGUCAUCUCCCUGGUAGUGCUGCUGAACAUGCUGAUUGCCAUGAUGAACAACUCCUACCAGCUUAUUGCUGAUCAUGCUGAUAUUGAGUGGAAGUUUGCAAGGACAAAGCUCUGGAUGAGUUACUUUGAUGAAGGUGGUACCUUACCACCUCCUUUUAACAUCAUCCCCAGCCCCAAAUCAUUUCUCUAUCUUGGUAACUGGUUCAACAAUACCUUCUGCCCCAAAAGAGACCCUGAUGGUAGACGAAGAAGACACAACUUGAGAAGCUUCACAGAACGCCAUGCUGACAGCCUGAUACAAAAUCAACACUAUCAGGAAGUUAUCAGGAAUUUAGUCAAAAGAUAUGUGGCUGCUAUGAUAAGAAAUUCCAAAACAAAUGAGGGGCUAACAGAAGAAAAUUUUAAGGAAUUAAAGCAGGACAUCUCCAGCUUCAGAUAUGAAGUGCUUGACCUCUUAGGAAACAGAAAACACCCAAGGAGAAGCUUUUCCACAAGCAGCACUGAAUUCUCUCAGAGGGAUGACACCAAUGAUGGCUGUGGUGGGGCUCGGGCCAAAUCCAAGAGCGUCUCAUUCAAUUUAGGCUGCAAGAAAAAGGCCUGCCAUGGGCCACCUCUCAUCAGAACCAUGCCAAGAGCCAGUGGUUCCCAGGGGAAGUCAAAAGCUGAGUCAUCAAGCAAACGCUCCUUCAUGGGUCCUUCUCUCAAGAAACUGGGUCUUCUUUUCUCAAAGUUUAAUGGUCAUAUGUCUGAACCCAGUUCAGAGCCAAUGUACACAAUUUCUGAUGGAAUCGUCCAGCAGCAUUAUAUGUGGCAGGACAUCAGAUAUUCUCAGAUGGAGAAAGGGAAAGCAGAAGCCUGUUCUCAAAGUGAAAUUAACCUCAGUGAGGUAGAAUUAGGUGAAGUCCGGGGUGCUGCUCAGAGCAGUGAAUGCCCUCUAGCCUGUUCCAGCUCUCUUCACUGUGCAUCCAGCAUCUGCUCCUCAAAUUCUAAACUUUUAGACUCCUCCGAGGAUGUAUUUGAAACUUGGGGAGAGGCCUGUGACUUGCUCAUGCACAAAUGGGGUGAUGGACAGGAAGAACAAGUUACAACUCGGCUCUAAGUCAAGUCCCUAUCACCUGUUCUGGAACUCAAAACGAAAUUUGUAAUUUCCUUAUUCUCAGAGGUGACAUAGAAUAUGACUCCCUCACUGCCCCCCUAGAAAGGAGAGUGAAACUCCUAUUAUUCUCACUUUUCAUAGCCACAUUCCCCAUUUUUUGUUCUUGUUUUAUUAUUACUAUUAUUUGCCUUUUUAUACCUAUUAACACUAAGUCCAUCUCACAACCAACUGAAGGGGUAUUGCCCCUAAUCAGCAGAGGUGCAGUCGGGUGCUUAACCCUUUUGCUUUGCUUUCGUUUUCUUACCCUUGCUUCCUUGAAGCUACAGGUGCCACUUUGCUACUGUUGCUGCCGCACAGAUUCCUGACCUUCCUCAGGAUCUCAUGCCAUCUUCCCACAGGGCUGAGGGAUGUGGUCAGCAGUCCCCACCAGCUAUCAGAUAAGGCAAACCAACCUGCCUAUCUUUGUUACCCUUCAGUGCUACACGCUGCCCAUGCUGGUUCAAUGAACAGCAUCAAAGGGAGGCUGAACAGACUCCAAAGAAUUGUCAGCUUGUGGUUUCUAGGUAUAACUGGCCUUUUUGUUUUGUUUUGAAACACAACUUCUCAAUUGUGGGGGCUGUUGAGUUUUUGUUUCUUAAAGAUGUGUUAGUUUCUUAAUGUGUGCCAAUGAGAUAUUUACCCUAUAGUAUAUGUCAUAUCUAAUAAGUUAGGCAAAUUCCUUUGUUUGUGUAUUUCAGUUAACUUACUACAUUUUAAAAUUUGAUAGUAUUGAAAUUAGUAUUUAGGAUGUAUACUGUUUUUUAAAAACUUCUACUGCACUCUAACCAAUUAUCAUUACAUCUCAUACAUUGGCAAGAAAAAAUAAUUAGCUGAUAUAUUUAUAGGGUCCUAUCUACUGUUGAUAGUUUUAAUUAUCAUUGCUAUCAAGGCAUUUCUAAGAUAAAAGCCUGGAUUUAAAAUAUUUUUUAUCAGAACAAUGACAUCUUGCUGAGGUAUUGAAAUCUGAAAAAAAAAACCCAUCUUCAUGUUAAUUAAUUACUUUCUGGGAAAAAAAUCAACAAAACAAUUUCACAUCUAGAUAAUCUAAUUCAGGUUGUAGUUUUAAUAUUCAUUGGGGGCAGCAGAAGUGCAUGUGUAAACUUAUGUUAGAUAUAAAACAUAACAACCCUAGCAGAUCCAUGGACCUGUGAACAUGAACCAAAUUCUACUGUCUUCAAAAAAGUGCUCCUGGAGAUUAAAUUAAGAAUGCAUAGCCUAGAAAAGACAGGUUAGUUGUCACCCUAUGCUUUUAAAUGUCAGUGCCAAUAGGAAUCCAUCUAAAUUCCUGUAUGUAACUUCUGGUUAAAGUAAUUAAAUAAGGAAUUUUCAAAUAACGAAAAUAUUUCUCCAAACUAGCUUUUAACAGUAUUGUUUCUGUUGUUCAAAUUGAUUUCCAUUGCUUUCCCAAGCAUUAGGAGUGAUGGUUAAACUGUUUCACAUGGAAAAGAGUUAAAUUAGGGAGCUAGGGCAGCAAGAGGAGAUGUUGAAGAGUAAAACUCAGAUUCAAGGAAAUGAGAUCAAGCUGUGUCAAGACCCAUUUGGCAAAGGGUUGUCUCAAAAUAAUUCCUUGAUCAUAACUGAAGUGGUCAUUUAUUCAAAUCUAACUUCUCCCCUGCUUCACUAAGUAGGAUUAUCAUAAAUGGCUCUGACAUGUUUUAAAACAGGCUACUUUCAAAAAGAAAAACAAAACAGGUUAAUUUCCAAAAGAAAGGUUUCUAAAGUUAAAGAUUCAACUUUCCUAGUGAGGCACAGUGGUACACACCUGCAAAUCCUAGUGGCUCAGGAGGCUGAAGCAGGAGGAUCACAAGUUCAAAGCCAGCCUCAACAACAGUGAGGCCUUAAGCAACUGAGUGAGACGCUGUCUCUGAAUAAAAUACAAAAUAAGGCUGGGGGUGUGGCUCAGUGGUUGAGUGUCCUGAGGUCAAUUCCCAGCAUGCCCCCCCUCAAAGCUUCAACUUUCCAGUCAAAUUAAUUUGAAUAACAACAGAACCCAGACUACAUUCCUAACUCAUACUGAUGGCACUAAAGAACAAAACCAAAAACAAUAUAUAACCCAAUUUCAUCAAAGAAAAACAUGUCUUUUUCACAAAUAUAUGUAUGUCUGAUAAACGAGGCAUAAUCAUUCUAGCGGUUAUUUUAUCAUCAGAAAACAGAGUAGCCAAACAUGGAGUCAUGCACUAAAAUAUGACCUUUUCUCAGUUUAUAUUCUAGAGAGAGAAUAAAUAUAAUCACAGUAACCAACCUUGACUAUUGAAACGAGUGUCAUAUUUCAUGGGAGUAUAUGCCUUUCCAAAUCUUAUUGUCCUUGUGACAGGCUUAGGACUUCACUAGUUACCUUGAAACCUCAUUUAUGAUGGGAGUUAGGCUAAACAGCUAUUGCCCUAACUUCCAUCUUGGUGACAACAUUUUUAUUAACUCUAACUUGUAGAAAGUAGAAGGGGAAAGAGUUUUGCAUUCACUUCUUAACUUUCUGGAUCAGCUAAAAAAAAAAAACAUAUUUGGGGCUGGGGAUAUGGCCAGUGGUAGACUGCUUGCUUACCUACCAUGUUUAAGGCUCUGAGCUCCACCCCCAGCAAUGCCAAAAAAAUGUAUUUUAUAUCAAAAUACUUAAGUAUGUCCUCUAACCCCAGAGAAGGUAUAAGCCAACUUGAGAGUACAUUUACAAGCUUAAAAGCUAAAAUAGAACCUUAGAGAAGAGCAAUUAUAUUCAAACCUUAUAAAAGGGGAAAAGUGUCCAGAGGAUUUGUUCAAAGGCACAGAGCUAGUUAAUAAACUCAAAUAUUCUAAAUAAUAGAAACAAGACAUUACAAAAAUAUGUAUUAUAUAUAAAAUCGUAGAUGUAUAAAUGAAAUUGCCAUUACAGAUACCUACUGGCAUAUUUAAAUGUAAAGUAAGGAACGUACCACAAAGUAAAAAAAAUAUAUAAGAAUCAUGUACUAAUUGAUUUUUAAAAAGUAUUCUGUGGUUUGUUUCCAUUAUAGCUGGCUUUAACUUUUAAAAACCUUGGAUUCAUUUGAGUCAGUCUCCUUGAUAUUAAGGUAAAUAUAUUAUACAGUACAAACUGUAUUAGAAAGUGACCAGUGCUUAAGUAUAUCCUUCACUCCUAACUUUAACUCCAGUGAAGUACAAAGAUGUAGGAAAGAUUCUAAAUUCAAAAUCACUGUUUUUCAAUGACAAAUUUUAAAGAGAAUGUAAAUUCCCCAAGUAAUAUCUUUGUACUUAAGUGGGACUAUGGAAUACUUUCCAGUUCUUUCUGCCUCCCAUAAUCAUUUAUUUUACUUUGACCUAAUUUAGGCUAUUAUUAUUCAGCUAAGUCCAAAAUACCUGCCUAUAAUUUGACUAAAGAACUUAAAAAAAUAGGACCUCCAUCUUUUUAAUGGCUUAAUACCUUUUUUAAAAAAGAACUUUAUAGUUCUAACAGUAGUGCAAACCUCCUCUGAACAAUGCAAAAGGUAUUUUAGAGAAAAAUAUGAAGUAAUGUCUUAGCCAGAAAAUAUAAAAACAACUGUUUGGCAUUCACACUGCAUUUGUGGGGAAGAUUCAAAGUGGUGUUUUGACAGUUUUAGUGGCCCAGACCUUGAUUUGUUAAAUCAUCAGGCAAAAAGGUAUUUGAAGUUAGGCUGAAAUUCCUUUCUGUUUAACACUACAAAAGAAAACCUGAACAUAUUAUUUUGGUAAUCAAGUUUUUAAAACAGUGCUAACAGAUCAUUUGUAGAAAGAAGUUAAUUAAAUGGUUCAAAUCAUUUAAAUACCUCUUCAUACCCACUCCCAACUCCUGCAGCUUUGCCCAUGGUUAUUUUAGAUUGUUUCUUUGGCUUAAGUGCUCCAAAUAUCCACUUUGUUUGUAUACAACUAACCUGAGUGCCCUGAAAUUCUAUUUGAGCCUUACUUUAGUACACAGAAAUUCUAUUUCAACUAUACUGACAAUGACCCUUUCUCAAUCACCUUUCCCAAACAGACGAAGUUUUUGGCUUUCUUUGCUUUUUCAGAUGUUCCCAAAAGUGAGAGCCUGGUCUGUGUAUGUAUGUCCAUACACAUUGAAUCCUUAACAGAAUUUGAUGCAUCUGGCCUUGACCUUUCAUCCCUUUUGGUGAUCACUAAAUCAUUUUGAAAGGGAGGAGAAGCAGGGAUAACUUUUCAAUGGAAAGACACUUCCUGAGAUAUGGUGAAGUACUAAAAUGAACUACCAUGCUAACAUCCUCUAUAGGACAACUGUUAUAUCCAGAGUUUUCAGGAUUUGCAGUUUCUGGUUUUAAGGGAAAAUAAUUAAGCAUUUAAGUCAGAAUAAAAAAGAACUUACCUGUAAAAAUAUACAUUUUUGACCAAAUAAAGUCUGCAUACUUCAGAUUUACUACAUAUUUGAGAUAUUAGUAUUCAUAAUGCUGAUAAUGUGGCCUAUGAUUUUCCUUAGUAUGCUACUUGAUGUUCCAGAAAAGGUUGGUGGCUUUUGAGUGCUUUUACAUUUAGAAAAUGGAAUGUCUACUAAACAGAGGAGUUAAUUGCAGGAACGAUGCAGGCAGCAAGCUAGAGUACAAUACCAUCUUUAAGCUCAAUAUUUGUGUUCUGUCAUUCUAGAGUGCAUUUGUCUCGUACCUGUUAAUUUAUUAGAUCUGCUAUUUUUCUAAAGAUAUACUGUCAUUGUUUGUGAUACUUAAGAAACCUAUACACAUUAAGAAUUAUAAUACAAAAUUAAGCAGAAUGCCUUUAUGUCAAAAGCUUGUUUUCUUGUCAUGUUGUGAAAGCUCUGUAGAGGCUUCCUAUUACAGUAUAAAUUAAUAGCAAGCAAAAGAUAGCCCACUGCUUUUGAUCAUUGUAAGCAACCUCUGUGUAUCUCUCCUCCCUCUGUAAAGCCUUCUUUAAAACUCAAAAGUGACUCUAUAGAACCAAAAAGGACAAACUGAAGAAGUAAAAACAGCCUAAAGUUUGGUGGUCAUCCUACCAAUUUGCAGUACAUAUUGUCCUUUGUCCAAGGAGCUGUAAAAUGAAUGCACCCACCCCCCAAAGCAUUGUCCUCAGUGGCACAUGAAUGAAUAGGUGGCAGUGUCCCUUUUAUUUAAACCUAAAUUAGCCAACUACUUGCAAGUAGCUAAACUGGGCUUGGUUAUCUUGUCUAUUCCCAUAAAGCUCAAUAUAUCCCCAAAAUAUUUAUCACCACUGUCUUACAACCUAGAAAUCCUCUUGAUAAUUUCCAGUCUUUCACAACCCUUGAAACACAAGACAAAAAGGAUACUUUGGAUUUUUGCUAGGUUCUUGGGGGACUUAAAUGGUGAUAAUGAAGUGUCAAAAUCUUUCUAAGUAAGGACCAGUGUGGAUAAACACUUUAAAACAUAGGACUAAACCACAAAUAUGUUAAACUUCAAAUAACCAAAUUGAGAUGGAGUUGCUCAAUUGAAAUAUGUGGUUUCUAAGGAAUGGGUUGUGUGGUUCAGCGUUAGAGAACUUGCCUAGCAUUAUGCAAGGCUCUGAGUUCAAUCCCCAGCACCCCCACCCAACAAAUGUUUCAGGAUUAAAAUAUUAACAUCACCAUUUUCUCCUUUAACAAAAUCCAGAAAUCAACAGUAUGUAAAAACUAGCUCAGAAUAACCUAUAAAUCAUUUUUCAAAUUUUGAGCUAUAUUUGAGUUGAAUUUCAGAAGGCAGCAAGUUCUCACCUGGGGGCACUAUAUUCAUAAAUUCAAAACAGAUACAUAGGAUUAUAUCUUGAAUUGUGCAAUAUCACAGAUUGGCUUUCAUAAAUAAUGUACAUUUUAACCAACUAUUGGGAGGAUUGAUUUUUCCAAAUCUUAUCUAAAAAAAUAAAAUGGGUUUGCUAAAACUCUGAAAGAGAAAUAAAAGCUAAAAUUGGGGGAAGGCAAUAUGGAAGAAAUGCUAGAUUAUAAAUCUGGUGUCAAGUUUUAUCCUCAUAAAUUUAGAAUAAACAUAUAAAGUAGGUUUAUAAAGUAAUGACAUUUUCAUAAAAUUGUCAGAAUAUAUACACUUAAAUGAAUAUUGUCCUUCCAAGUAGUCCCCUUAAGAAGCUGUACCUAUAUUCUAAUGAUGCUGCCAUUAUCACCCUAUUUUGGACUUCUACUUUUUGAGGGCUUUCAAAAUUCAAAGUAUAAUCUCUGAAUAUUAACUAGUAGGAAUUAUGACCCUUUAAGAGUAUAUAUUUAGAAAGACAAUGUAAUUUUAGAUAAAUUUUAGUAAACUGCUGAGUGAUCAAGCUGAGUUCUUUUAUGGUUUAAAAAAUACUUUAAGUGGUAGUAUACAAUUGGCACCUUGGUGAAUUUUCACAAUUGUAUAUUCCCCUGGAACCAUUACUCAAAGUCAAGAUAGACAAUAUCUGCAUUAUCCCCUAAAAAUUCCUUACUCCCCUUCGAAAUCUAGACUCUAGUCUCAAAAGGUGUGUGGAGCAGUGGCAGCCAUACUGAAAUUAGCAUACAGUCUCUCCUCAAAGAGACUUUAAAGAGCAACAAUAUUCAGAUUCAGAACUUCCAGAUUUGGAAUCACAAUGAUGUAACCCUUAAAACAAUUGUGUUUAAAUAGGAAAUACAUUGGGAAUUCCAGUGACUUAUGUUGUGAACGAACUGAGAAUUAGCUCUCCAAAUCUUAUUUAUCUACAAGAAAUGACGUUUUUAAAAUGUAGAGAUUGACAACUAAGCCCUUAGCAGAAAGAGGGAACAGUAAAAAAAAAAAAAAAAAAACCUUUAUCCUCCAUAGAAAAACAGAGGUGAGGGUUGUGGACUCAAGACACCAUGGUAACAGAAAGAGUAGGAGGCAGCUUCAAUGGGAGGAUGGCAGUAGUUAGGUCAUUUAAACAUCACAUACUCAGGCUAGAUGUUUCCUGUACAAGAUCUAUUCCUAUUAUUUAAAACACACUUUUACCACUUCAUGGUCACACUUUAUAGGGCUUCCUCUUACAAUAUGUAUUAAACAAUCUGUUUCAGUAACCAAGACAAUGAAGCCUGUAGUCCAAAAAGCACAGUGAUAACCCUACUUGGUAUAUUUGGACAGGAGAAGCAGUCAGAAUUUUCAAGUGUACAGAAUCACUGGAAUCAGUGGAACCAGUGGCAUUAAACAUGAAUGUUUUGAGUUCAUAAGAAGAGGUCUUCUUAACACAUUAGUCUGUGGUUUACUUAAUGUUAAAGGAAAUCCUGUAAAGAUAUGGGCCUUCUCCGGGACAAUUCAGUUGAGGAUAUAUACAUCCAUCCUUCUCAAGGGAAAAUAUAUAAAUUUGUAUUCAUUUCUUCUAAUAUAAGAAUGUACACUGAUGUUGAGAGCCACAGCUGAAGGGGCCCCAGCAAACUUCCAGCUGCCAGCAAACUUCCAGCUGCAGGCUGAUGAUUGGCUCCUCGGCCCAAGCAACAUCUAGCUGAUUGGCUCCUCUGCGGUGAUGCUCAUUGGGCUGUUUCCCUGCCCUUUCAGACCACGGAGCUGCUCAUUGGGGGACUUUUUUGGCUCUGCCCACGUGACCCAGCCAAUGGGCCUCAAGAGCAGGAGGAUUGUGGGAGGUGGAGAGAAGCUUGUGUGGGAGAGAGAGGCUUGUGGAAAGCCGGUGGUGGCAGUUGAGGCUCUGAGGGUUUUUCCUGAGAGGCUGUUUUGUUUGGCGUGUGUGGUUCUAAAAAUAAAGUUAGUUUCUUUUGACAAGUGGCUCCUGAUUGUGCCCAGCCAGACUGCGGCACACUGGAGAGAGUAUUCAAGAAGACAGCAACAUCUGAACUCUUCACAUGAUUCUAUUUCUAUAAGAUUUCUCAAAAUUGAAGUUCAAAUUGAAGAUGGAGAGUUUCUUCCUAGCCGAAACAGUGAAUACACUUCAAUGCUACAGGAUUAGUUGAUACCAGGAAAAGAAAUGCUAGAAAAGACAGGCUAUGCUUAAUUCACUUUCUCAGUCUAGCUGGUAACCCAUCACACAUAACCAACCAUACUGAAAAUGUUUGUGUCAAAUUUAAGGUUAAAAUGGAAUCUCCUGAGCUUAAUUCAUAAAAAGGUAAAUUUCCAAAAUGUGUUUGUGCAAAUGGCAUUUUGACUUUGCAGACUAUUUUAAAAACUAAAACUUCUUUGAGUAACUAUUACUUUUAUUUAAAUACUUUCUGUAAGAAGUGCAAAGUUAGUGUCAACUGUGUCAAAAACAAUCUUGUAUAAUAAUUUUGUGUAUUUUUAGCUUCAGUAUAAACAAAAAUAAAGCAUUUACUCCCCCCAAAUGUAUGGCUACUUAGAUUUAAGGUGUUUUGUUCUUCUCUUUUCCAAUGUAAUCAUUUAUGGCUAUUAAUAAACAUUUAUGAACAACACUG